AUGCCUCCGAAGAACUCGCGUGCUAAGCCCGUGGUUGAUGCUCCUGCUGGUGGGAGUGAUCCUGCAGGCAAGACAUCGCCAAGCAAGGGAAAGGAGAUUGUUGAUAAUAUUCCGUCGGAAGUAGAGGUGACGGCUGGCAGCUCCGGACUUACUCUUGAAGAGAAGCUGAAGGCGCUGGCGACGGUGGUCUCGGAUGAUUCCUUCAUCGAAGAUGAUUCGGAUGAGGAGCUCGACAUUGACGCGACUAAGAGCUCUUACCCGCAUCUGCGUUUCACGGCGAUCCUGCUCUUCUCGGUUAUCCCCUCUCGUGAGGUUGCUUCGGUCAUUCUGACAGUGAAGACGCUGAUGAAACGCGUUUGGUCUAACCUGCUUACUGAUGAUGUUCUUGCUUCGGUGAAGUUCCAGGAGCUGCUUCCUGCCAUCGUCGCCAAGACCCGCUACAGUCGGCUUCAGGUUUCAUUCCUGCACGAAUCGGACGCGGUGAACAUCAAGCAGACUACGGUGGAGCAUAAGCGUCAGAACGGCACGACGCUCUACUGUUUCUGGCUGCAUCAGGAAGACGCGGCUUACCUUCGCAAGAAGGCUUCGAGCCCGCAGCUGCUGGAGGUUUUCUUCAAGAACGUACCUGCUGACAUCCCGCCGGAGUUGGUUAAGGAGAUCAUGGUGGCUCACCCGCUCAAGAUCCGGAAGCAAUCUGCCUUCGCCGAAGGCCAUUGCUUCCACCGUGUCCUGCACCCGGUUACUGGAGCUGAUACUGACAAGAUUAAGGACCAUAUCACCUCGGCAAGUCACCUGCUGGGGCUGGAGAAGCUGGGUGCGGCCACUCGCGGUUCCCUAAAGAGGCUCGGAAGACUCAAUAGGACAAACAUCCAUCUGGACGCCUUCCACGUCACCCUGCUGGCAGUAUACUUCCCGGCGGACGUGACGGACAGGAAACACUUUAUCAGCAGGGUGCUGAGGCCGGUGGUUGACGCGGUGCACCCUGGCGCUCACCUGCUUAUAGUGGGGGAUUUCAACCUAGUGGAGGACCCGCUACUGGACAGGACGUCAAAGAAAGGGACAUCGAAGGAGAAUGAUUUUCUGUACCAGCGGUGCAGUGUGCUCAACGUGCCGGAUGCUUUCAGAGUGCUGCACCCCUACAGGAGGGAGUUUACCUUUUACUCGUGUGCUAAUCAGUCCAGCUCACGAAUCGAUCGGGUGCUUGUCUCACAGUCGCUGCUGUCGCACGUGGAGUUUGCCUCGCAUAUCAUGCCAGCAGAUCCCAUCUCGGAUCACAGCUUCGCGGUGAAGGCAGCUUUCCGGAUGAAUACGAAGGUGCAGAUGGGACCAGGCCUCUGGAGGCUCCUUGCAUAUUUGAUCGGGAGACCAGGGGUCAGAAAGGUCAUCGAGGUGGUAGAGAAGCAAGUGGCAGCAAAUGGCGAUGAUUUCGAGUUGUUGCUGUCCAGGUUAAACGUCGGGCUCAGAGCGUACGCGAUGGAGGAGAGGAAGCGCAUCAGGGCCACGAUGGCUCACCUUCAGCGCACGAUCGCUGACUUGAAGCAGGCCUGGCUGGGUGACCCGAGCUGUGCUCGGCUGAAGGAGUUGCUGGACGAGAGGGAGGCGCAGCUGAAAAGUUAUCGGCUGGCACGGCAACAGAGGCUGCAUGUGAUGGCUGGAGUGAACGAGUUGGUCAUGGGGGAGGUGGCUUCCCCGCACCUCUUCACCGCGUCCUCGUCGAUUCCUGCAAGCACGAAGGACGCGGUCACCAUUUUGUUACACAAGAAGGGCAGCCGGGAUCAAGUUGAGAAUUACAGGCUGAUUACUCUUCUGAGCUUCACCUACAAGGUGAUGGCAAGGGUGGUCGCGGAUAGGAUGAAGCGGUUUCUGCAUGAAGUGAUCUCGCCCGAGCAGUACGGUUUUCUGCCAGGGCGGAGGUUGUCUGAUGCGGUGGGGCUGGUCGCGGACGUGAUUGAUGCUGCCAAAAACAAGGGGAAGGACUGGUACCUCCUGCUUGUGGACUUCAGGAAGGCGUUUGACUCGGUCUCGAGGAAGUAUCUGCUCACGGUGCUGGAAAGGAUGGGUUUCCCCAGCAGGUUUGUCGGCUGGAUUAGAGGCCUGCACGAGGGAACACAGACGAGGCUGUUAGUUAACGGCUGGCUCGGUGAAGCUGUGGAGGUGGUGUCGGGGGUUCGACAGGGCUGCCCCCUAGCGCCCUACCUGUUCCUGUGUGCCGUGGAACCGCUGGCGCAGGCGGCUGCAACCCGGAAGCUGGGACUUUCCGGGGGGAGCCUGGCUACAAAUAAGGACAAGUCGGCAGUGCUGCCGCUGGGGAGGAACCUGGGCAAGCAGGCUAGCAAAACGGAUGGCUUUAAGUGGGUAAAGGCGGACGAAGCGGAGCGGCUGUUGGGAGUCUGGGUGACACCGUCCGGCAGCUGCGCUCCCACAUGGGAGAAAGCAUUCGCAAGGAUAAAGGAGAAGCUGAGGCAGUGGGAGACGCAGCAUCUCACGACCGGCGCGAGAGCGGUGGUGAUAAACUGCUACAUCUCGCCGAUUAUCUUCUUUCAGGCGCAGGUGUACCCGCCGCCGGUGGACGUAUGGGGGAGGAUCCUGAAAAUCACACACAAUUUCAUGUCAGGGAAUCGCGCGUCAACAGACAAGGGUUUCAUCCUAUGGAGCAGAGAACUGCUAUACAUGGCGAGGGAAGACGGUGGUGUGGGGGUCAAGGAUCCAGAGAUCACCCUCACCUGUCUCACGGCGAGGCGUAUCGGCCUGCUCCUCACGGAGACGAACGAGCUGAAGCGGGAAAUCAUGCUCGAAGCGGCUGACCUGCCGCUGGGCCUGGACACUUUCGUCUCUCAUGUCAAACUUCUGAAGAGCUGGAGCGGCAAGAGAGAGAGAUGGAAAUUAGCCUGUGGGGACUUUAUGCAAUCACCGCUGGCAGUUACGACAUUGGAACUGUCGCGGGAAGAGAUACCGCCAGAUUCUGCUGAACGGCACGACUCCGGUGGGAGGGCACAAGGCAGCGGCGAAGCUUUGGGAUGUGCGGCUGGGGGAUUUACUAUGUCCGGACGGCACGGACGUGCCAAGGACGUGAAGUCUCUAGCGAGGGAGCUAGGUGGCUCUAAGCAGGCGAAGUUAGCUCUAAGGGCGUGGGAGGCUGUGCCGCAGAGUUGGAAAUCAGCGCUCCUGUCUGCUGAGCACGCUGUGUCCCCCCGUCCGCCGUUGCGCACCCCGCUCCAGAGGACACCGGUGGUGGAAAAUGGGCAAGUGGCUGCGCUAAGGGAGCUCAAGGGGAGCUGGCAACGGCAGAAGCAUCAGUCUGCCAAACGCGAGCUGUGGGCGGACAGAUGGGCAGGGUCGAUCGACUGGAAAAAUGUCAUCAAGAUUCGGGACUCCCUGGUGACACCAAAUAGACCGCGUGACGUGCUCCUAAGGAUUCACAGCCUCAAUCUGCAGGUGGGAGAGCGGCUCUCUUUCCUAAGUGGCAAGCCGGUUUGCCCCCACUGUGGGGAGUUUGAGUCCCUCGAGCACUGCCUUUUCACCUGCCCGAGGAUUCAGCUGGUGGUGGGGGCGGUCAAACGAGCCAUGCGCAUGCUCAACCCGGUGAGGCAGGUGGCUGAUUUGGGGGAUCUGCUGUUCGGAAAGGCAGCAUCCACCUCAACUUUCCCGGAGGCAUCGCUGGCUGCUAUUCGGUGCACCAAAUUUGGGCGGAACGAUGUGACUGCGUGUUUCGAGAGCGGAGGUUCAGGGCUCGGCGCAUUCUUAGGCGCAUUGAGGCGGCAUUUCGGCUGCAUGUGA